AUUAAUUAAUUAAUUCUCUGCCACACCAUUCCCUUGCCCAAAAUCGAAACUGCCCCGCCGGCCGCCGCGCCUCCACAACUUGCCGCGCCGCCGCGCCGCUGCCGACCAACUUCCACUCGUCGGCGGAGCAGACCCCUCGGGGGCGAAGCCCGACGGCGGCGUGCGGUCAUCGUCGCCACCCAUGGAGCACUCGUGCGCGCGCACCCGCCCUUGGCUUCGUCGUCCUGCUUCCGCCCGUCGACAGGAGGGAGGGUUUGGCCUCCAUGGAACGGAGCGCGACGAGGCGGCGGUGGCUGCAGCCGCGGGAUGCAAUGCGGGUGGUGACUUGGUCCCGGACGGCGCGGAGCGGUUCUCCGGCCCUGUUACGGCCGGGGGAAACGGCGGCGGAGGUGGUGGAUUUGGGCGGAGGAGGGGGUUGGCGCCAGCCGCACCUCCGCUGCCCAAGCGGAGGGCCGUGUCCCCUACCCGACGGCUUCCGCACGUCUGCGGGAGGGAACCGGCUGCUCCGGUCGUGCGCAGCGGCGAUAUGGGCUUCUUUCGACUCCGAGCUGCCCCUUCUCAUGGCGUUCAGGAGGGAGUCUUGUUGCAGAAUGUGCUGGACAAGGUGGUGGCUGCGAAGCGCGCUGCUCCGGCCGCCGACUGGUAUGGUGAUGGCCCCAAUGCCAUGGUGCGGAAAGAAUCACAGGAUUCAGUUGGGGCAGAAUGGUUCUCUCGAGCUCCGCGUGAUCAACUAGCCAAGAAGAAUUUGGAAUCUCUAGCAGUACAGGGUCAGGAAUUGGAGGAGGGUGAGAUCUCUGACACGCUGGACAGUUUGGAAGAUAUGGCCAAUGAUCUGGGUGAGCGUCGGAUGGCAGUCCAGCCACAUCUGGUAACUCCCUGUUGCUCUACAAGUGCUGCUACCAUUCAUGUUUCCUCAGUGGCUAGCAACAAGGAGAAAUCUAAAUUCGAAUAUGUGUUCGUUGCCAAGGAUAAACUGAAUCCAAAAAGUGUGGUGUACUUGGAUUAUGAUGAUGAUACUCUGAUGGCAGUUGCUAGUCAUCAAGGAAAGCUUCAGCUAUGCCGUUCUAUACGCCGCCAAGGGAGAUAUGGAGGAGCAAAUGAUGAUGUUCGUCGUGUCAGGGUCAGGAGGAUCUGUAGGAGAUUUGAGUUCUUGUGCAGGUUCCUUGAACAAGCGCAGGGUUCGAUCAAUCUUUCGAGAGUUGACCUUGCAGCGUACAAGGUCAUCAAAAACUUACCUGACUUUAUCAAGUAUCGGUCAAUGGUCGGCGAAGUUGAUGGUGUUGAAGUUGGUGAUGAAUUUGUUUUCAGAGUCGAGCUGGCCAUUGUUGGUCUUCACACUCCCCUCCAGGCAGGUAUUGACACCACCAAAGACACUGACGGUGAGCCAAUUGCAGUAAGCAUAGUUGCUUCAGGAGGUUAUCUUGAUGAAUACUGUAGUAGCUCUGGUGAAUUGAUAUAUAUUGGCUCUGGAGGUAAAGCUGCCGGUACCGAUCAGGAUGGGGAUCAAAAACUUGAGCAAGCGAACCUUGCCUUGAAGAAUAGCAUGGAAAGAGGGAUACCUGUCCGAGUAACUCAUGGCAUCAGACCGGAAGAAGGCAGCCAUUCAGUAGUCAAAGAAUUCCCAAAGUUCAUCUAUGAUGGGCUGUACGAUGUGGUGGCUUUCUGGCCAGAUGGUAUGCCAGGUUCAAGGGUUUUCAAGUACAAACUACGAAGGGAUGAUCGACAGCCACAGCUUCCUCUCUCCGUAACCCAAUGGUUGCUUAAAUCUGUAGUGCAUCAUCACUGAUAUAUCUGAAGCUGCCAAUGUGCUGCGACACCCAGAUGUCGAUGCAGAGUAGGGAAAGAUCAGAGCAGGAGUCCUGACAGUUCGCCUCUUCAGAUGUUUUGUUGCCUCGGACAUGACGACAACAGAUCCGGACGCCUACUAGUGCAUAUAGAUAGAUAGAUAUAGGUUCAGUUGUUCAGAAAACUCAGCAGCUCCUGUGUUUCUUUUGCUAGCUAAACUUGAUACGAACUCCUGAUAGGAGGAACCUAUCUGUCUUAGCCUCGCGGUUCAAAGAUUCAGAACUGCUGAAUGCAUUCAGCGCAAUCGCUGAACAUGUUUUUAGUGAUACUGGUUGUAGUUGCUGCUGCAGUGUUGCUCUUCUGACAUCCAUCAAUGUGAUGUGGUUGGUACUGCUUCCUUCCUGAUGAAGCAUUUCA